AUGGGACUCGGUGCCCGAGUGACUCCGAACGCGGGGGCAAGUUCCGUGAAGGAUCUCCAUCUCGGUCUCAACGGCGUAUCGAUAGCGCAAGGUGGUCUCGGAAACGUCGGCGGAUCUCUAGGCACAACAUUGAACUCACUGAGUUCGAACCAAGCUCCACCACAGCAGACGAAGUCGAAUCCAUCGAAACGACAUCGGGAAAGACUGAACGCCGAAUUGGACACGCUCGCCUCGCUUCUACCUUUCGAUCAAAGUGUGUUGUCCAAGCUCGACAAAUUGUCUAUUCUUCGGUUGUCCGUAUCCUAUCUCCGAACCAAAAGCUACUUUCAAGCAUCUCAGUCGCUGAGUGGACUACAUCAGUCAAAAACCCGGGACAUGAUGUACAUCGAGUCAUUAGUAGAGGGAGAUCUCAUCCUUCAGCAGGCCCUCAACGGAUUUCUUCUAAUUCUCACGUGCGAUGGAGAAGUGUUUUUCGCCUCGCAUACAGUUGAAACAUACCUAGGUUUUCAUCAGAGCGACAUCUGCCACCAAAGUGUUUUUGAGUUGGUGCAUUCUGAAGAUCGGGAUGAUCUCCUGCGCUAUUUAAUGUGGAACUCACAGUUACCUGCCGAUCGUGCGAAUAUAUCCGUGCAGCACAUGCUGCAGUCUCCAGAGCUCCACCGACACCUCGAGAGAAACUUCACUGUCCGAUUCCGAUGCUUGCUCGAUAACACGUCAGGCUUUCUGCGUUUGGACAUUCAGGGUCGCAUCAAGGUUCUUCUCGGCCAGAACCACAAGACGGAAGAUCCUCCACUGGCUCUGUUCGCGGUCUGCACACCGUUCGGACCACCGUCAUUACUCGAGAUGCCUCAGAAGGAAAGCAUGUUCAAGUCGAAACACAAACUGGACCUGUCCCUCGUGUCGAUGGACGCGCGGGGUAAACAGCUGCUGAACUACACAGAUCAAGACAUCGCCAACUUUGGAGGUUACGACCUCGUUCAUCACGACGAUCUCGAAUACGUCGCCUCUGCGCACCAAGAACUUCUGAAGACAGGCGCGUCAGGUUUGAUCGCGUACCGUCUCAGUGCCAAAGACGGGAGUUGGCAAUGGCUCCAGACAAGCACUCGUCUCGUCUACAAAAACAGCAAACCGGACUUCAUUCUUUGCACACACAGACCGUUAAUGGAGGAGGAAGGCCGCGACCUACUGGGCAAACGGACGAUGGACUUCAAAGUGACCUAUCUCGACACCGGACUAAAUCAGCUGUUGUCCGGCUCGAUAUCCUCGCCAGACACUCCACCCCUGUCGCAGGACAACACGACGAGACUUGAAUCCGAGAAGCCCAGGAGGAAGUACAAGAAGGAAUCGCAGUCGAUGCAGGUGGCCAAGAAACGAAUCAAAACGGCCAUUUCGCCCGACGUGUGCACAGGAAUGCAACUGCCACCGGCACCUGCUUACCACUUGCCUACUGUCGACCCUUCGGAGCCUGCCUACAACUCCGUUUACCCCACCUACACUCACCCGGAGCUGUCCAGUUACCCUCAGAAUUUUCUUUUCGACAACUCGCGUCCUUUCCAUCUGGCGGCCCCCGAGUUUCUCCACUAUCGACACCAUCUAGGAGGAUAUUAUCCGUCGGAGUACUCGCAGUAUUCGCCUUUCACGGGCACGUACGAGCACGCAAAAGACACUUUGGAACAAAAAUACGAAUCAACGACAGGAACGACGACCGUGCCCUAUAAUUCGAGUCUGCUCGUGCAGACCGGCGCGCAUCCGCACCUCCCGCUCCUGCCCGCGGCCGCCGAGCCGAUCAGAGUCAAGAGUCCGGCAUCUCCGCUGCUAGACAGUCGGCAGAGCGUCCUCAUGUGGGGCAGAGGUGCGGGGAUGGGAGCUCACCAACUCAAUGGGGGACCUCAGCCCGUAGGAGUCUACGGCGUGAUGGACAACUCCGUCGAGCUCCCACCGCCGGCGUACACCGCCGACAUGGUUUCUUCUGAGGCCACGACCGGUUGGCACCAUCAAGAAGUAGCUGCGCCCUGGCGACCUCAUCUACCGGCCGCUCUCGGUUGAAAUGGGUUUUCGGAUUCCAAGUGGAAUUGCUAGUCAUUA